AUGUGCUUGAUCCGGCUUGUCACAUAUCUGCCUCCAAAUUUGUUCGUAAUUGUGAGGCAGUCGCUUUUUGAUGCGGCUUCAAAGGGGAAAGACCUGGUGACCUUCGACCAAGCUGCAAGCUUGGAGGGGGUGGAUGCGGUCCUGGAAGAGGGAGCCGCCAACCUGGAGGAGCUGAAGGUGAUUUGGGGCGACCCCGAUGAGCCCGUAGAUUUUGAGGGCUUCUGCGGCUGGUACAACGACGUGCUAAAGCUAUAUGAUGCCUUUCUUUGGCAAGAUGCAGUGGCACCUCCUAUGGAUGUUUUCGACGAUGAUGAAGAGACGGGUCUUGAGGACACGCGGAAUCUGGACGAUGAGCAGCUGCUCGAGGAUGCUCCUGCUGUCGGAGUGAAAGUGCAAGAAUUGAGCACGAGAGCUCUGAAGCCAAAACAGAAGAUGAAGUACGGCACUCUUACCGACAAAGUGCCGGAGUACCAGAAGCCUCCAUGGAAGCUUGCCGAAGAGAUCAUUACAGGAAAGACAGACGAUGAUUUGGAAGACUACAGUGUCGAGGAUGAAGAGGAUACACGCAGCACAGAAGGCCUGGCGGCUCCGUCUGCCGGCGGAGGAAGACAAAACGUUGAAAUCACCCAGCUGUUUCGACAGGCCUGUGACGAAAACAACCUCCUGUCCUUCGAGGCGCUUAUGGAGAUCUCUGAGUUCGAGGAUAUGCUUGAGCAGGAGGACCUUUCGGAGGAGGAGUUGGAAGAGAUGUGGGACGAGCUGCCCAAGAAGAAUGGCGACUUCAUAGACGUGCUGGCCUUUAGGGACUUGCUGGCCAAGGUUGACGAACUCUUCGAGUAUGUGGAAGAGGAUGAAGAAGAAGAUCCCGACAAGCAGGCUUUGAUGCAGGUCGAGGGUGGAGGCGGCAUCUCCAAAGCCAAGAAACGCGGUCUGCAAACAGUCAAGCAGGAUCUGCUGGAUGCUAUUGCCAGACUGGAGGCACAGCAUGACAAGCCUGCGGGUUUGGGCUCCACGGAAGAAAGCGAUGGUGAAAUCGUGAAGCUUGCUGGUGAAUUGGAAGAUGUGUGGCGCGAUAAGGUAGGCGACCUGAACAAGUUCGACGGAAGCAAGUUUGAAGGAACAUGGGAGCUCAUCUACUCCACAUCUGUGAAGUUCCGAAGAUGGGAAUCAGUGCUGAAUGGCUGCAGGGACAUCAAGAACGGCCAGUUUGAGGCCCUUGUUCAGAAGUUCAGCGCUGGUGAGGACUCACAGUAUGAGAGCUUCAACGAGUACGACAUGGAAGAAGUGUUCAAGGCUCCGAGCGAGGACGGUGACGAGGAUCUUGAGCUUUGCAUGCGGGGGCAGGGCUCUUGGAGACUGGGCAUUCAGCAGAAUGUCGUCACCGGUGACGAGGACCUGGUUCUCAAGCUCGAGAUCACAAACGUUGAAUACGACACACCGGAAGACAGCGUGGAGUACUGCGGCGAGAAAACCUUGAUGAGUCCGAUGUGCAGGACUUUCAGCUAUGGGUUCCUCAGCUAUAUGGACGAUGAGUACCGAGUAAUGAGGACGAGCCUGACGGGGAAGUCAGUCUACAUCUUCCAGAGAAUCAAAGACGAGCCUCAGCUGGUGCAGCUUGAUCAGGCUUUGCGACCAGGGGGGCGACUUUUGGUCCAUGACUUCAUGGUGAACGACAGCCUGGAUGGUCCUGCGCUGGGAGCACUCUGGGGGCUUCAGCAUGUGACCGUCAACGCGCAGGGUCUUGGACUAUGCCCAGCAGAGGUUAUCCAACGCAUGGGCCAAGCGGGCUUCGAGGAGAGCAAGUGCCAGACCCACGAGAUGAUCCACGGCAUGACCAAGCUCAUUGUCGCGCACAAGGCGUAG